AUGAAGACGCUCGCCAGCUCCAUCCAUGCUACACCAUGCCCGUUGCCGGUGCCAUCGUCAUUUCGGGCUAAAGUCAAUGUUGCCUCUCCUGGUCAAAGGCCCGAGUCACCACCUCAAGCCGUGCCCACGAAGGAGGAAUCCUGCUUCAAGCCGGUGGACUGGGGUGAGCUGGUGUCCUCGUGGCCGACUCCCUUCCCUCUCGAAAAUGGAGGUUCCCGCUCGCCUGCUAUCAGCAUUGGUGAUGACGAAGGGGAGUACCCGCUGACACUGAAGGAGGAUGCCGCUGACGAGGAGAUGCAGGAGCCAGAGCUGGGGUAG